UGACAGGAGCCGGGGAAGCCCUAAAGGACGCAGGACCUCUCUGCGCCGGGAGGGCAGCUGGUCGAGCCGGGCCGCCUGGAGCGGAGGGGAGGGCCGCCCGCAGCCCAGCGCCAGGCUCCCGCCGCCGCGUGUCGCCGCUCCGGCCGCCCGCGCGCACCAUGCUGCCGCCCCGGCUCUGCUGGCUGCCGCUGCUGCUCGCGGGGCUGCUGCCGCCGGCGCCCGCGCAGAAGUUCUCGGCGCUCACGUUUUUACGGGUCGAUCAAGACAAAGACAAGGACUGCAGCCUGGACUGCGGGGGCUCCCCCCAGAAGCCGGUCUGUGCGUCCGACGGGAGGACCUUCCUGUCCCGCUGCGAGUUCCAGCGCGCCAAGUGCAAGGACCCGCAGUUGGAGAUCGCGUACCGGGGCAACUGCAAAGACGUGUCCCGGUGUGUGGCCGAGCGGAAGUACACGCAGGAACAGGCGAGGAAGGAGUUCCAGCAGGUGUUCAUCCCGGAGUGCAGCGAGGACGGCACCUACAGCCAGGUCCAGUGUCACAGCUACACGGGAUACUGCUGGUGCGUCACGCCCAACGGGAGGCCCAUCAGCGGCACCGCCGUGGCCCACAAGACGCCCCGGUGCCCGGGUUCCGUAAAUGAAAAGUUACCUCAACGGGAAGGCACGGGGAAAACAGUCUCCAUGCAAACGUUUUCCGUUCUGAAUUCAGAUGGUGCCUCAGCCCCUUCGCUGGACACGCAGCCUCAAGGCGACGAGGAAGAUAUUGCCUCGCGCUACCCGACGCUGUGGACGGAACAAGUUAAAAGCCGACAGAACAAAACCAACAAGCAUUCAGCGUCCUCGUGCGACCAGGAGCAGCAGUCGGCGCUGGAGGAGGCCCGGCAGCCGCGCAACGACAACGUGGUGAUCCCCGAGUGCGCGCACGGCGGCCUCUACAAGCCGGUGCAGUGCCACCCGAGCACGGGCUACUGCUGGUGCGUGCUGGUGGACACGGGACGCCCCAUCCCCGGCACCUCCACCAGGUACGAGCAGCCGAAAUGCGACAACACGGCCAGGGCGCACCCCACCAAAGCCCGGGACCUCUACAAGGGCCGCCAGCUGCAGGGUUGUCCCGGUGCCAAAAAGAAUGAGUUCCUAACGAGCGUUCUGGACGCACUGUCCACCGACAUGGUGCACGCCGUCUCCGACCCCUCCUCCUCCGGCAGGCUGUCCGAGCCCGACCCCAGCCACACGCUGGAGGAGAGAGUGGUCCACUGGUAUUUCAAGCUGCUGGACAAGAACGCCAGCGGGGACGUCGGCAAGAAGGAGCUGAAGCCCUUCAAGCGGUUCCUUCGGAAGAAGUCCAAGCCCAAGAAGUGCGUGAAGAAGUUCGUGGAGUACUGCGACCUCAACAACGACAAGGCCCUGUCCCUGCUCGAGCUGAUGGGCUGCCUGGGCGUGACCAAGGAGGAGCGCAAGGCCGGCAGCAGGAAGCGGCACACCCCCAAAGGUACUGCGGAGAGCACUGCUAAUAGACAGCCCAGGAACCGAGGAUAAGAGACGGCGGCCGAGGCGCCUGAGACGUGUGGGAGGCUCCCUCACCAAACGCAAUUAAAAAACAGAAACAAAACCCAUAGUAUUUGCACUUUGUACUUUAAAUGUAAAUUCACUUUGUAGAAAGGAGAUAUUUAAACGGACUGCUUUCAUCUGUGAAAAGGGCGGGGCCGGCUUCGGCAGAUUCGUCACAUACAAUGUAUGUGUCCCCUUUGACCUUGGACGUCUGCACUGGGUGGCGCUGUUCGGGGCGGGUUUCCACUUGCUCUCCGGGCCGCAUGGUGUCCGUGUGGAGGCUGGCGGCUCGGGCACAGCGGCUGCGGCCCGUGGCUCCUCCCUGGCACGGGAUGGGUGCUCCCUGGCACUCGGCUUCCUCGGGCCGCUGCUCUGAGACCCGCUGCAUUGGCAGCUUGGGGUCCCUGUGGGAGCUCACCUUCGGUCUGUAAGGUGUGCGGUCAGCUGCCAGCCUUGCGUGCAGGUGGCGUGUGCCGGGCUGCGUGUCUCUGGGACCUGCUCCCUUUGUUCUGCUUGCCCGAGGUCUCGCUCCUGUCACGUCGGCAGCCACAACAGCUGGAUGAUGGGAUCUGGGGGACGGUCCCCGACCACCUCAAGGUUGGCCUCAGGCAGUGAAAUCAACGCUGGGGACCCCCUCUCCCCCCGCCCUCCGCGCUGGCUCCAGCCGGCGGGCAGGGUCCAAGGCCAGAGGGGAGUUGGAAUCAGGCCGAAACUGCCAUCUGCCCACCUCUGCCCUUCCACCUGGCCUUGCCCUCCGGGGCCCCUGGCAGGUGAACGGUCCCUGAGCAGCUCCCGACAGACAUUCCUUAAAGGAGGCGCAGCCGGGACGGCUGGGCGCUGGGUGGUGUGCCCUCGGCAGGCAGGGGGCUGGGCCCGGGUUCCGUUUCCUCCUCGUUCUUUCCUGAAGGCCCCAAGGGCAUGAGAACUUGUCACUGGGCCAGUCCUCUGGGGCACUUGGGCGGGACGGGUCAGGACUGACGCUCACACGGAGAGCCACUGAACCGGCCCCUGUCCAGCCGGGGCCGCUGGACCCCGCACGGAGCGGCCACGGCUCUGCAGCCCCUGGGAGGUCAGGGGGCUGCGUGUGACCGGCCGGGAGGCUGGCUCGGCUCCGACGUGUGGUCGGGAAAACACCUCCGGGGGCCUCACUCCCCAGCACGUGGCGGACACCGACCCUGUGAAUCGGCGUGGAGACGGCGGCUUCUCCUUGUCUAACGUGCAGAGCGAAAGCUGAACCUGGAGCCACUAAACCAUCAGCGUCGCAAAGGACACAGUUACGCUCCCAAACUUAUUGGAUAAUCUUUUCUAU